CUGUGAAUACUGCCUCAAUGGAGCAAAAAAAUUGAAGAUAUCUUGAAGGGUACUUUUGUAGUUUUGAUAGUCCCACAGCAUUGUUUUCAGAUGCAGAAGCCAGUAGGCGGUGACCACCAAAAGGCUGCAAAUCUGGUGUGAUAAAAGGGGAGGAGGAACCAAAACAGAUUGUGUCAGCAAAAACAGUAUAAAGUUCCAAGCAUUCGAGUCUCUGAAUCACUCGACUCCUUCUCGAGAGUAGAUGCCAACACCAACACCAACACCAACACAUGAUGGUGUUUUCUCAGUAGAGGGACGAGCCCCUUUACCCUUCAAUACCCUGAUGCGCUUUUGCCUGCCCUUUCUGUUAUCAAAAUCCAUUUCCGUCCUCCUGCUCUUUCCAUUUUCCUUCCAUUGAUAUCCAAUCCGCGGCGAGCCAAACUUUGAGAUAUGCAACCGAUAACUAGCAGCGCCCUUUGUAUUCCUCAGCAAGGCCAACAACAAGACGACGAGCAACAACAAAUCCAGAAAAUCCACAGAGUGGGUCACAUCAAACCAGAAAUGAAUUCUCUCUCUACCUUCAACCCAAUUCUGGGCAACCCAAACUGGAACGUCAGCAACCACCACCUUCACCCAACUCAGUUUCACCAAAACUUUCCAAGCCCACAAACCGACCAUCAAUUAUUCCCUCAAACUACUCGUAGUUUGCCAGACAAUUUACUCUUGCAUCCCAUGGACUCAUCAUCUCUGGUGUUGGGUCUCGACCCAACUCAAUCACAGCCGUUCUUCCCACCCAAACCCUACUUGUCAUCGCUACUCAGCGCCGUCGAGUUGGCUUGUAACUACUCUUUAGACAACCCCUUCGAGUUGUUUUGUGACCCUGGAUUUGUUGAGCCGCCUAUCCAUGAAAACCAAGCUUCCAAUUCCCCUGUUUUUAUAAACAGAGCACAAGGUGGGCUGGUGGAGUUCAACGGAUUAAACCCACUACCAGAAACAGUUGAGUUUGAUUUAGGAUCCGGUUCUAUGACCCAUUUGCUUCAAAAUAGUGGUGGCGCAGCCAUCGACGGUGGUUUUAGUGCAUUGGGCUCACAGUCUUUUGAUGGUUAUCGGGAUCCUUCGUUUCUAAAUAGAGAUAAUGGAUUGAGACCUCUAGAAACUUUGCCUGCUUCUGGUUCGCAAAUUCCUCCUGUGGUUGACCGCGAUAAGGGCAAAAGGCCGGUGGAGGAAGAGCAAGGGAUGUUGUGGAAGGAGCACAACACUGGAGAGGGUGAGAUGGACGAAAUUGAUAGCUCGAGUUUGAUUUCUGAUUCUGAUAUCCAAACAGAGGAUUACAAGGUAGAGGGAGAUGCAAAUAAUGGCGGGGAUAAUUCGAAGGACAAUACUUCAGUAAUCACCGGAAAUAAGAAAGACAAGAAGAAGGGACUACCGGCAAAAAAUCUUAUGGCAGAGAGGCGGCGGAGAAAGAAGGUUAAUGAUAGGCUUUACAUGCUGAGGUCUGUUGUCCCAAGGAUUAGCAAGAUGGAUAGAGCCUCCAUCCUUGCGGAUGCCAUUGAAUAUUUGAAUGAGUUACUACAGAGAAUCAAGGACCUCAACGACGAAAGGCAGUCAACACCACCUGGUUCUUCACUGCAGUCUUCUGCAAGCUUUCUUCCAUCGACACCCACUGCACCUACUCCGCCGUACUACAUCAAGGAAGAACACAACGGAAACUCGUUGCCAAGUCCCAAUUAUCAGCAACCUAGGAUUCAUGUCGAGGUAAGAGAAGGGAAUGAGUUCAAUAUCCACAUGUUUUGUACUCGUAGACCUGGUCUCUUGCUCUCCACUAUGAUGGCCUUGGAUAACCUUGGGCUAGAUGUUCAACAAGCGGUUAUCAGUUGUUUCAAUGGGUUUGUCAUGGAUGUUUUCAAAGCUGAGGUAAGCUUCCUUUCCCAUUGUAUAUGUGCAAGGGAUAAUCAAGGACUCUACCAAUAUUCCUUAUUUUGAUGAAUCUCAAGGAAGUUUUGUUAAAUCUUUGACUUUUGAUAAUUCUUUACUAAAGGAAUUGUAUCAAUCUUCACGUUGGAAUACCCGGUUUUGUAUCUUUACUGUUUCAUUGUUCCGCUCAGUUACUUUCGCGGACACCUGAUGAGAUAACGUCAGUGAUGAAUUUAUCUGAAAAAUAGUCUCUUCUUUAUUUCUUGCUUCUUGAAUUUUCAUGUUGCAAUUCUUUUGUUUACUGGCUGGACUCUUCUGGUAAUCACUUUGUAUCUGCUUUUCAUAUUCGUCCAAUCCUAAUAGCGUAAAUAAAUAGGCAGCAAUAUGCCCACCAAAUAUACCAUAUAUUAGCCAAAAAAAAGAAGAGAAAGAUCAACAUCUUUAGUUGUAGCUCAUUUAAUGGUUGCCUGGAUGUAACGAUGCUUCUUUUGCUUUUCUUAGAAAUGCAAGGGAGAUCUGGACGUACAAAGUGGCCAAAUAAAAGCAGCACUCUUGGAUACAGCCGCCUUCCAUGGUUUGAUAUAGCUUUGUUGAUACGAGAGACUAGGAAAUAGAGGAUCGCGGUGAUUUAUUCUCAAGUCUUCUGUAAAACCAUUCUCUCUCACACCACGGCCUUAACAAAUGAUAAUUGUGAAGAGGUAUUAGUAAUGAACUUUAGAGUAUUACAGCCUUGAGCAGGCAUAAAAGAUUGACACAUUGCCUUGACCAAUUUCAUCUUUUAAAUGCAUUCAGUCAUUAUCUCUCACUAUUAAAUGGCACCCCACCUUACCUUCCUCAAGAGAAAAGAGAAGGGUUCCGUGAAUUCUGCCAUUUGAUGGUGGAUUAUUUCGAGCUUUCAACAAUGGAAAUCGUUGAACCAUGUAACGUGUGGAAAUCGAAUGGUUGAACAGUCAGUCAACUUACGCAAUGUUUCAAGCAAGAUAUGGAUUGUAUUUGUAGAAGUAGAACUUGUUUGGUGGUUUGUCUGAGUCGAGUCGAAAAGUUUUAAUUGUACCACCCUGUGUUUGUGUUGUACUUGUGUCUGUGAUACCAUCCCAUCCUUGUAUUGCUUUCUUGUGAAACCCAUGAUUUUGCCAUUGACCUGUAGGCAUGACACUGACAAUUGACUGAUUGAUUACCAGCAAACAAGGCUUCUGUUUUCCUUCCCUCUUAAUUUUUGCAUGUAUCACAGACACAAGAAUCAUUUCUAUUGUAAACGUUCCAAGGGAAGUGUUGGGGGGUACUAUUCAAAU